AUGACGCGAAGACGACACUGCCGCGAGAAGGUCGAUGAUUCACCGUCUGAAGCAGAUGAUGCUAUCUUCAGUGAUGUCGACGCUGUCCAAGAGACUGAUCUCACCUGCGAUGAUGAUGACGAUAACGACAACGAUGUAAACUACGCCCAAGAUCAAAGUGACCUCGCAGAUUUCCUCGCCGAUAACGAACAUCCUCCGCAGUACUACAUCGAUCAGCUCAAAAACUUCGACGAAACGAUCUAUAAUCAGGAGGACUAUAGUUCUGGAACUCAACGCAUGCUCGAUCGGGUGGAAGGAUGCUGGAAUGGAUUUUGCUCAUAUACACAGACAGACCCUGUGGAGUCUUACUCUGCACUGUCAGCGAAAUUCCUGGGAACCUUCCUCGAAUGGGUGCUGAACCUACGUCGUGGGAAAGGUGGACGCCGGCUGCGCGGCAUCAAAACCAAGAGCUCACUGCAGACGUUCUGGAAGGUCUUUCGUCUAGUGCACGAACGAGCCACCGGCGACAAGAUUGAUCCUGUUACCACGCGUCAGAUGAAACGGGUGAUUCGACAUCUCUCUAAGAAGUACCAUCUGAAGAAGAAGGGCCGUGCAAAGUCAGUCAUGUAUGUGGAGGACCUUGCAAAAGUUGUAGAGACUACAGUUGUGACGACCAGGAAGAAGUUUGGCCAUGGUCGCCAUCGGAUCGAACUGUGCUUGUUUCUGCAGCUCGCUGGCCUUACUACAAACCGGCCGCAGGCGAUCUUAGACCUCUGCUAUCGACAUAUUCUAGUGACUUUGCUUCGGGACCCUUGUGGUGGCCCGCACCGAAUCUUGAUCGAGCUCACCUUUGAGUUUACGAAGGAGUUUCUUGGUGCAAAAGAUGAAAAUACAUUUCCUCUCCCGGAAAUCAUCUUCGAUCCUUCGCUAGUCCUCAGCCCUCAUGUCUUUCUUCUGGGCCUAUUAUUUGCUGACCGUGCCUUCCGUUGCGUAGAUGGUGAAGAAGUACUGGUGUCGGCGGAACAGCUCUUGCGACUGUAUAUCCGUCCGGAAUGCAAUGAGCUACAGUUUGCUGCUUGA